AUGCCGUCCGAGAAGACAAAGGCAGCUGGUCCAACUGGAGAUGAGGCUCCGAGCAAGCUUUUGAAAUGUGCUGAUGACAUCAAGGAGGACUCCGAGAAACAAGUCCUCACAAACAAUCGCGCGCAGGCCCCAGACAUUCCCGAUUCUCGCUUCGUUGCAGAGGUUCAAUCCCUCCUGGUGGGAGUUGACCUCACGAGUAUGACCCUCGGAGAACUACGAAGCAGGCUUGAAGGAAAGCUGGGCCUUGCCGAUGGCACUUUAGCUUCCAGGAAAACCUUGCGACGGCGUUUCAGCUUUCUCGUGCACCAAGAGGUGCUCAAGAAGUCCCAACGCUCCAAUGACUGCGAGCGCAUUGUGAAGGACAGGAAUCCAGCCACUUAG